UUCGACGAAACGAGAAACGAGAACAUCGCAACAAUGGGCAACUGCGGCUGCGCUGAAUCUGGGACUUGCAACUGCGGCGCCGACUGCUCUUGCGAUAACUGCCCGGUGCGUUUCCUCUUCCCUUCUAUCCCUCCCUCCUUGUUCUAUCGAUGGAGUAUUGUUGCUAAUAUGAUGAUGCGUGUAGCAUAAAUAAACAGUUUCGCAUGGCAUGAGCGAGAUGGAGGGGAUGUGAAUCGAAAUUGAUUUGAUGCAUGUGGAUGGACGGUGUUGCUGAGUAGGAGG